CGAAACGUAAAAGACUUCAAAGAGAUGUGACUUUAUUAUUUUUAUUUUAAAAACAGUAUACCGCGUUUAUUUUUGGACACGAUAAUCUCUCUUCCUCGAGGAUUGAAGGGCUUUCGAUCCGCUCAUAAACACCACUUUCGUUGAUUAAGAGUUACUUACAAUGUCUUAGCUGUAGACCGUUACAGACCUAGGUGGUUAAGUAUAUUAGGUUUCCUAGUAAGCUCGACAGAUUCGGUUGCCGUGGAAAAGGAAAUGAACAAUAUAGACAGCUGUCUAACAGGUAUCCACAAGAGUUAAUUCUCAGACGAUUUUUAGAAUUCACUUGGGACGCUGGCUUUCCCGCCUACAAUUUCCCAGGUGUAACGAAUCUGCGUCACAGGGUCUACGCUCUCCUUGACAUCACUGCCCCCACGUGCGCGGCGCGGCGCCCUCUUUAUAGUGACCCUGCGCUCUCGGACUCUACCCUCUCCGCAGCCGUUCAGCUCGUUCCCGGGGUCGGACGCGAGAGCCGGUGGCUAGAUAGACUGUUCCACUGAAGCUUUUGGAAACAGGUUUCAGACAUCGUGAGCUUUAGCCUUAUUUCUUUCAGUCUGUGCCUCCUUAAGGACGUUACAGUCUAAGAAGAUUGUCACAUGGAAGAAACCCAGCCUCACUGAAGACAUUCAAGCAAAAGGCGGGGCAGUUGCUUUUCCUGAGCAGAAAGGAAACUCAUGCAUCAGAAAAGGUGAUUAAUAAAUAUACUUGAAGAAUAUGGCUGCACAGAUACCAGAAUCUGACCAGAUAAAGCAGUUUAAGGAGUUCCUGGGAACCUACAAUAGACUUACAGAAAGCUGCUUUUUGGACUGUGUUAAAGACUUCACAACGAGGGAGGUGAAACCUGAAGAGGUUACCUGUUCAGAACAUUGCUUACAGAAAUAUUUAAAAAUGACACAGAGAAUAUCCAUGAGAUUUCAGGAAUACCAUAUUCAGCAGAAUGAAGCCCUAGCAGCCAAAGCAGGACUCCUGGGCCAGCCCCGGUAGAGAAGCCCCAGGCACAGACUUGCGUUGAGAUUGCCAGCAGCUGUUGCACUGAAAUGGGGGUUCACCUGGGAGACCCUGAAGCACAGCAGGAGAGGUGGUAAGCCAUCUGUCGUGACUGCCCGACCAAUGGAAACCACUGGAGAAACAGAAUCAAUCUUCACCAGAAAGACUCAAACAGAAGGCCUUACUGUUGAGUGAAAAUGGUAAGAUGCAACAUUGUUGAGGCCUUAAGAUUCAGCUGAUGGUCACCUUGAUUACAAAAAUAAACCACUGUUCCUUUCUUUGUGACUGUUAAUUUUAAAAGCAAAAAUGUGUCCAAUCAUGUAUGAGAUAGAAAAACUUUAUUACUAAAAGUAAAAUAAAUGCAAAUAUCACUGA